GUUCACGACCUUGUUUGUUCUGAUAUACAGCAUAACAAUAUGGCCACCAAGAGUCACGCCCCAGUUCCUUGCCCAGUCCACCCGACGGCAAACGUCACCCAGGCAAUUAAAGCUGCUCUGGAUGAGGAUGCCGGGGACCGUGGCGACGUCACGACGCUAGCAACGAUCCCCGAGUCAACACAAGCGACAGCGACGUUUCUUGCAAAAGCAGAUGGUGUCCUUGCCGGCCUGGGCGUUGCGGAUGAGGUGUUGGCGAUAGUGGACCCCACCGUAAAGGUGGAGUGGCGGGCGUGUGACGGCGACAAGGUGGUCAGCGGGCAGGUGCUGGGGGUGCUGCACGGCUCGGCUCGCUCCAUCCUGGUGGCGGAGCGCAUCAUGCUCAACUUCAUGCAGAGGAUGAGCGGUAUAGCUACCGCCACCGCCGCCAUGGUGGCUGCUCUGGAGGGACUGCCCACAAAGGUGCUGGAGACGCGCAAGACGGCGCCAGGCCUUCGCCUGACCGACAAGUGGGCUGUGCUGAUUGGCGGCGGCAGCAACCACCGCAUGGGGCUGUACGACAUGAUGAUGAUCAAGGACAACCACAUCGCGGCGGCAGGCGGCAUCCGGGCGGCGGUGCAGCGGGCUGAGGAGUACAUCCGGUCUGCCGACUUGGAAGGCCGCAUGUGUAUCGAGGUGGAGACCAGCACCCUGGCCGAGGUGGACGAGGUGGUGGAGCUGCUGCAGGCGGCGCGGCAGGACGGCGCCCCGCGCAGCCACCUGACCCGGGUGAUGCUGGACAAUAUGGCGCGGAGGGACCCGGCCAAGGAGGGCGGCGUGGAUGUGUCGCUCAUGGCCGAGGCUGUGGGCCGCAUUGGCGACCUGGCGGAGACGGAGGGCAGCGGCAACGUGUCGCUCAACAGCAUACGCACCAUCGCGGCCACUGGGGUCACGUUCGUCAGCGUGGGCGCCCUGACGCACUCGGUCAUUGCUCUGGACAUUUCUCUCAAGAUUAAGACGUUAUAGGGCCAAGGUGCAUGCAUGCCUGGGGAGGCGCAGUCAUAGAGACAGUCCCGGUCCGCAGCUCUUGGAUACGGCGAUGGGCCAGCAGGUGGUCAGCAGCAGGGCGCGGUGGCGGCGGUGCCGAGGUGCGACGCGUUGUUGGGCUCAAUAUAUGUGCAUGUGGUGGCGUAUUUCAUAACUGAACUGCGAAGAAGACAAUAAGUUCUACAAACCCGGUACACAAGGGGCUGAGACGUUGAGGUUCGGUUGCUUCGGUAUGGACAAGCCGACUUGGUUGGGGGAGUGCCGUAUUGCUGGUCACAUGGUGUGUGCCUAGUGCUAUCGCCUGGCCGGGCACCCUUGCGGGCACCCCAAGCGUGAGGAAUGCGUGUCAACAAACUACCGUAUCAGCCUGCCAGCAAGCCAGCGACGCUUCGAUACAGUAACUCCGUCGUCCUACCAGCUACGCACUCAUGCGCGAAGUCGCAACUUAUUGUAACAUUGAAUGUUGGGGUCUGACAAGAUGUCUUCCCUCGCAUGGGAAACGUGGGCUGAGCCUCAUCUCCUGGACAUAGCCGAUGUCGGUUCGUACAGGCACGGCCCGCCAUAAUGUGUCCAGCCACCCGGUCACCAUCACCAUGUGUCCAGCCACCUGCAGCCAUGUCCCGCUGUCAAGCACAAGCACCGCCAGCAAUGAACCAAAUCAGGAAAUCUAAUAAUCCUGCCUGCAGUUUGGUAGCAUGGUUGGGUAGGCACAACUGGAAUGUACCGUAUUCCCACACGACAGACUGGAGCGGGAUCGGGUGGUUCAGGUAUCGGUAUUGCAUACCGGCUGUGCUACACUGAUGUCCUGCAGCACCGGGCUGCAAACGCCGCUGCUACUGCUGCUGACUCUGGCGACGAA